AUGGCGCGGAAGAACGCGUUGGCGGAAUUGCUCGCCGAUCACCGACGGCAAGAGGCAGUUAACGAGACUUCCACCACCGUUUCCGACCCUGCAUUGUCUUUGCCUCUGUCUUCUCUUUCCAAUGCACCUUUUGCGACCUCCAUAGACACAGCAGAAGCCGCACAAUCUUCAGCUCAUGGAAUAGUCUCACGUCGAUCGACCUUUUCCCGUUCUCAAGGCCGUUACGAGCGAGACGCCGUGUACCGGAUGGAGCGAGUAUAUGAGGAGGUGUCAAGACGGAAAUAUCAACCAAUUGUAGGCCCCCGUGGGUCUUCCGAGACGGACAGCAGCGUCACUUCUCCAGCUUUCGAUGGACCAUUAUUUGCUGCUGCUGCUGCAACAGAGAACGAGGUUCUUCAGUGUACGCAGCCAAGUCGUUCACAUGCAAUGGAUAUGACACAGAAGGGGGACGAUAUAGGAAGUCCAGAUAUGGUCAAGAAGUUUGAGUCAAGACGACUGAAGGAUAGAAAAAGACCUCGAGGAGACGUCAAGAGGGUGAAAUUUACUGCACAUCCACCUCGUGCUACGUCAGGAUCAUUUUCUAGUCAAGCAACAAGCAACGGGUAUGUCAAUACGAAUAACUAUUGUCAGCAUGAUGAUGAGAAUGAAAGGAGAGCGAGAAGAAGAGAGCGACAAAAAGAGCGACGAAGACAUCGACAUGGAAAAGCGAGUAAUGGAAAGAACAAAGGAGCAAUGCUUUUGGAUGUAGACGAUGCUACUGUGCAGUACAUUGACGCGGUGCUCGUGAAACCAGACUCACAGGUCUUUAACAAGUACACGCGGUUUUUCUUGGACCCGAAGCUUGAAACUUUGUACCAGGAUUUUACAGCAAUUUACUGGUUUGGACGUGCUCGCUGGCAUGUGGCAGCAUGGAUGGCCGUGCAUGUGAUUAUGAACGUCGUCUUCUACGCGCUUCCAAGCUCGGGUUUUACAGGGAUGGAGCAGUUCAUUCUCUCGUACGACUCCCUCCCGACAUACUUCCAGUGGAUCUACAUUCCAAUCGCGCUGCCGUUUGCCGCUUUGCCAAGUAAGCAGAAUCCGCUCCAGACGCGAUGGCGCAGCUGGGUAUGCCUUAUUAUCAUUUUUUUUAACCUGACGUUUCAAGUAUGGCUUGCAGAUGCCAGUCGCCUGGCCAUUAAUGCGUACGUGACGGUCGUUCACGAUCACCUGUCAUGCGAACACUUAAGCUCGAAACUCACAUCUACAUUUGCUGAUAUUAACGGAAGUUUAAGUGGUAUUGAUGACAAUUUGAGCAAUGAUACGAUAACUAACGCUUUGGCUUACCUCAGCGACGAGCAAAAGAACCUGACAAUUAGCGUGACCCACAUGUGCUCAGACGCACUGGUUCAAACGCUUGUUGGGUUUGCGUCAUUGUUUAGCUUCCUGUUUGUGAUAUCAAUUCGUCUAGAGUUCGUUCAAGUGGUGGUUGUAGCAGUCACUGGUGUCGCCAUAUAUGCCAUCGUCGUGAGUGCGUUCGGUCUCCAGUUGCAGUGGAUCAUUACUUUUGCCUAUGGAAUGGCGGUCAUCCUCCUGCUUGUCCUGUCAUACUCGUCGGACCGCACCAAUCGCCGUUCUUUCCUCUCAAAUUUCUUGGUUGAGAAAGAGAAUGAGAACCUCAAGUCAUCCCUAAAAGAGGCUGAGGCAGCAUUACAGAAUGACUCUGCUCAUGCAGAUGAGCAGCGCGCCGUGGCUCGAGUACUGGCAGCGCCUGAAAUGCACCAUCUUGAGAUGGUUCACAUCCCUUUUGCUGAUUUUACUUUUCUUGAAGCGAUCGGUCGUGGCUCCAUGGGCGAUGUCAUCAAGGCUAGAUACUUCGGCACUAUUGUUGUUUGUAAGCGUAUGCGUCGUGAAUACAUUGUCGAGUCUGGCGUGGGCCGGAAUCGGAAUGAAACUCGGGAUACAUUCAAUGGAGACAGCGCUUUGGCAAGUUUUCGCGACGAAAUUGAGCUAAUGUCGUGCCUGCGGCAUCCAAAUAUUGUUCAAUUCAUUGGUGCAAGCUGGGACAACGCUUCUAACCUGUGCAUUGUGAUGGAGUAUUUGGAGAAUGGUGACAUGCACCGUGUGCUACACUCGAGCCUGGGAAAGAAUUUUACGUGGGCAGAUCCUUUGCUGAAGAUGGCGAUCGAUGCUGUGCAAGGUAUGCUCUAUCUUCACUCCCAGAAACGUCCAGUGGUGCACCGCGACCUCAAAAGCGUCAACAUCCUCUGCUCUGCCACAUUUGGCUGUAAAGUGGGUGAUUUUGGUCUCAGUCGCAGAUACAACAAGGGUGUCGAUGCACUCACCACUCUUGUUGGCACCCCAUUUUGGCUCGCUCCCGAGAUCAUUCGUAGUGAGCGAUAUGGUCCAGAGGCUGAUGUCUAUUCAUUCGGUAUCGUGCUCACAGAGCUUGAGACACGACAUACUCCAUACCACGAUCAAGAGGAGACAGGAUUAAAGGUACUCAUGCGAGUAGCCCAUAAAGGACUAAGGCCAUCAUUGCCUUCCAGUUGUCUGCCUGAGCGUCGCAAGCUUAUCGAAGAUUGUCUUCGAGAUAUCCCUAAACGUCGUCCAACGUUUGCACAGGUUCUCUCACGCUUGCAAGGCCCUGUUCUUCUAGAGAUUGAGGGUCAUGUUGCAGCGCAACCAGAGCUUGAACGACGUGUGUUACUGCGUCGCCAUCAGGAGCGUCGGAGUCUGUAA